GUAUAAGACCUAACUAAUUUCUCUCACUCGUUUUUAUUUAAAAAUGAAAAAAAAAAAAAAAAAUACCCGUUACAUUCCGUCAUUCUCUACCCGUUUGAAUUCGAACUCAUUGCUCAUACCUUGCUUUGCUACACUACACAUUCUUAAACUCAUUCGUAAACACUGAGAAAUUCAUAUUCAAAUGAGAACCCAGUUCGUCAAAUUCAUAAUCAAACAUGCCCAACUUCCCUCCAUUGCCGUCCGACCAAAAACCACGUCUUCUCAGUAUGUAGCAUCCAGAGCCAGAGACCCAGUAUUUGAGAAAUUCAUGGACAAGUACAAAAACCUUCUCAAAGUCAUUGCCAUUCAGGAUCUCAUCCUUGCAAACCCAAAAAACCCAGUUGUUUCCCUUGAUUUUCUCUCAAGGCUCUCCCAGAAGCUCCACCUUAACAGGGGUGCUAGCUCUUUUCUCCGCAAAUACCCUCACAUUUUCCACCUUUUCUACGAACCCACAAAGUCCCAGCCCUUCUGCAGAUUAACAAAUGAAGCCCUUCAGAUUUCCCACCAAGAAUCCGAAGCCAUUAAGGCCUCAUUGCCUCUUGUUGUGGACAGGCUUGUCCGGCUUCUUUCGAUGUCCAAUUCGAGGACUUUGCCACUUCGCGCUGUUUUCAGAGUCUGGAGGGAACUUGGGCUUCCAGAUGAUUUCGAGGAUUCUGUGAUUGCCCAAAACUCCCACAUUUUUCAGCUACACGAUGCAGUCGAAGAACCCGGUACUCAUGUCUUGAAGCUGGUUGAUGAAAGUCCUGAGAGGUGUUAUACUGCGGCAGUAGAGAAUUGGAGGGUUGAAGAGUGUUGUAAAGAAGAUUGCAGCGUUGAAAGGACUGAAAUUCGGUUUAGUUUCAAACAUAGUUAUCCUCCUGGGAUGAGGUUGUCUAAGGAUUUUAAGGCCAAGGUUAGGAAAUGGCAGAUGUUACCGUAUGUGGGUCCCUAUGAUCAAUUAACGGAGAAGAGCAGGUCUAAGGCUGGUGCGAUGAUGUUGGAGAAAUGGGCAGUUGGUAUUCUUCAUGAAUUCUUGAGUUUGACCGUGGAGAAGAUGGUGGAAGUGGAGAAGAUAAGCCAUUUUAGGAAAUGGUUUGGGAUUGAUUUUAAUAUAAGGGAUAUGUUCUUGGAUCACCCGGGGAUAUUCUACUUAUCGACCAAGGGGAAGAGACAUACUGUUUUUCUAAGAGAAGCUUAUGAGAGGGGCUGUUUGAUUCACCCAAAUCCAGUUUACGAUGCUAGGAGAAAGCUUCUUCAUCUUGUCGUUUUGGAACGACGCGGUUUGGUUAAUGGAGAUUCCCAAGUCGAGCGGAAUCAUUAGUUGAUGAGUUGCUGGAAGAGGACAUUGAUGGAAACUGAUGGCUUUUGACAUGUUGGCUCAAAUCUUUUUUUGCCCCAAUCUCACAAAGCGUUUGGUCUGGUUGCAUUUGGAGGAAUCAAGCCCUACCUAAUGGAGGAACUUUGCAGAUGUUGAUCUUAAUUCGACCGCUGAGAUUGCGAAUUCUUGUUAGUCAAACACGGCCCUUUUGCUGAGGUUUACAUAGCGAAGAUUGCUAUUAACUUGCUAGGAUUAUAAUCUGUUCAUAAUCAUGUUUCCAUUGUAAUACUUGUUUGUUAUUCUGUAUUACAGAUCUAUGACAAGUACAGAGUCAAGCAGUAGUCACAAUGUAGAAUAAACAUUGUUUUGAAUUUGCUUGUCUUAAUUUUGUUAGAUUUAACUAAAUAUGUAUUUUUUUUAUUUGGGAAAAUUGGAGGGGAAAAAAAAAACUAAAUGAAAAAGAAAGAUAUAUUCUUUUUUCU